GACUCCAAAAAUGUUGCUCACACUGUCGUUCACGACAUACAGACUCUCUGCUAGCGACCAGCCGGGAUUGAAAAGGUUGUCCGUAGUAGGCUAUAAUAACUUAAUUGAAAGCCAAUAGAACAUGGCAUCGAAUAGUUACAGUGAAGUUCCCAAAUGGGAGAGAAAAACACGUUUGUGUCUUUGUAUCAUCGGUUUGUUUUUGUCAUUCUAUGCUCUGCACGUUGAAAUUUCGCGAGAGAGGGACCCUGAGUAUCGGGCGAUGUGUGACCUGGGAGAUUCUGUGAGCUGCUCUAAAGUUUUCACCUCAAGAUGGGGACGUGGUUUUGGGCUUGUACAGUUCUUCUUUGCUAAAGACAGUGUACUGAAUCAACCCAACAGUCUGUUGGGGAUCAUUUUCUACACAUUGCAACUGGCUCUGGGUCAGUCUGUGUCCAGUAGGGCAGCGUUCCUCCUGGUCUUGGCCUCCUGGGUGUCCAUGGCUGGAUCGCUGUACCUAGCCGGAGUACUUGCCUUCAUUCUGGGAGAUUUCUGCGUGGUCUGCGUCUCAACCUAUGUGGUUAACUUUUUGCUGCUCCUCACCAAUCUGAAGAGGAGGACGGGACUGGAAGCAGUCAAGAAAAAGACUGGCUGAGAUACUCUUUGUGUGCAUCUCAAUAGUCUAAGUCGUUUUUUCCCCCUUGCCUUCCAUCCUACUACACUGAUAAUAUACAGCGCAUUCGGAAAGUAUUCAGACCCCUUGACUUUUUCCACAUUUUGUUACGUUACAGACUUAUUCUAAAAUUGAUUCAAUCGUUUUCCCCCCUCAAUCUAUACACAAUAACCCAUAAUGACAAAGCAAAAAUACGAUUUAAGACAUUUUUGCACUUUUAUGAAAAACGGAAAUAUGACCUUUACGUAAGUAUUCAGACCUUUUACUCAGUACUUUGUUGAAGCACCUUUGACAGCGAUUACAGCCUCGAGUCUUCUUGGGUAUGACGCUACAAGCUUGGCACACCUGUAUUUGGGGAGUUUCUCCCAUUCUUCUCUGCAGAUCCUCUCAAGCUCUGUCAGGUUGGAUGGGGAGCGUCGUUGCACAUCUAUUUUCAGGUCUCUCGAGAGAUGUUCGAUCGGGUUCAAGUCCAGGCUCUGGCUGGGCCACUCAAGGACAUUCAGAGACUUGUCCCGAAGCCACUCCUGCAUUGUCUUGGCUGUGUGCUUAGGGUCGUUGUCCUGUUGGAAGGUGAACCUUCGGCCCAGUCUGAGGUCCUGAGCGCUCUAGAGCAGGUUUUCAUCAAGAAUCUCUGUACUUUUCUCCGUUCAUCUUUCCCGCAAUCCUGACUAGUCUCCCAGUCCCUGUCCCUGAAAAACAACCCCACAGCAUGAUGGCGUCAAGUUUCCUCCAGACGUGAUGCUUGGCAUUCAGGCCAAAGAGUAAAAUCUUGUUUCAUCAGACCAGAGAAUCUUGUAUCUCAUGGUCUGAGAGUCCUUUAGGUGCCUUUUGGCAAACUCCAAGCGGGUUGUCACGUGCAUUUUAUUGAGGAGUGGCUUCCGUCUGGCCAUUCUAUCAUAAAUGCCUGAUUAGUGGAGUGCUGCACAGGUGGUUGUCCUUCUGGAAGGUUCUCCCAUCUCCACAGAGGAGCUCUGUCAGAGUGAGCAUCAGGUUCUUGGGUGUUAUUUUUUUAUUUAACAAGGUAAAUCAGUUAAGAACACAUUCUUAUUUACAAUGACAGCCUACCAAAAUGCAAAAGUCCUCCUGCGGGGAACGGGGGCCUGGGAUUAAAACAAAAAUAUAUAUAUAGGACAAAACACACAUCACAACAAGAGAGACAACACAACACUACACAAAGAGAGACCUGGUAACCUCCCUGACCAAGGCUCUUCUCCCCCGAGUGCUCAGUUUGGCACGGGAGGCCAGCUCUAGGAAGAGUCUUGGCGGUUCUAAACUUCUUCCAUUUAAGAAUGAUGAAGGCCACUGUAUUCUUGUGGACCUUCAAUGCUGCCGACAUUUUUUGGUACCUUCCCCAGGUCUGUGUCUCGACAUAAUCCUGUCUCGGAUCUCUAUGGACAAUUCCUUCGACCUCAUGGCUUGGGUUUUGCUCUGACAUGCACUGUCAACUGUGGGACCUUAUAUUGACAGGUGUGUGCCUUUCCAAAUCAUGUCCAAUCAUUUGAAUUGACUACAGGUGGACUCCAAUCAAGUUGUAGAAACAUCUCAAGAAUGAUCAUUGGAAACUCAAUGAACUCAAUUUCGAGUCUCAUAGCAAAUACUUAUGUAAAUAAGGUAUGUUUUUUACUCUGAAUACAUAUGUAAAAAAUUCUACAAACCUUUUUUCACUUUGUCAUUAUGGGGUAUUGUGUGUAGAAGUGGGAAUCGAACCCAUCAUCCAUGGGUUGCAAAAAAAAAAAAAAAUAAUAAUAAUAGAUUGAUGAGAAUUAUAAUUUUUGGUCCAUUUUAGAAUAAGGCUGUAACGUAACAAAAUGUGGAAAAAGUCAAGAGGCCUGAAUAAUUUCCAAAUGCACUGUAUACAGUUAUAAUAUGCCAUUUUUUGUAUAGUUGGUCCCAGUGGGAAUCGAACCCAUCAUCCAUGGGUUGCAAGCACCAUGCGCUACUACCUACUGAGCCACAUAGGACCAGCACUAAUCUUGACUGAUAAAAGAACUGGACAGGUGAAAGCAAAUCCCCCAAUAGACCUGGUACUUAUUGCUUUUCACCAGUCAACCAAACCUUUUCAAAUCAGUGGAAACAGUGAGGAAAGGAGAUGAGGUGAGGCAGCCACUUAACAUUGUUGAGAUGCACCCUGCACUGUAUUACGUGGCCGCAGGCAGUUGAAUUGGGUACAAAAAAUUGGUUACUGGCAAAGAAAAUAAGCGAAACGGAUCUUGUGAAAAUUAAGCAUAGGAAUCUUUCAGAUCUGGUUUAGCAUUACUUAGGACAUUGAUGCAUCAGUGACAGAUCAGUCGUAUUGUUCUUGCAUUGGAUGCUCUUGGGACUGGUAUAAAGGGUUGAGUACAUUAUAAUUAUGAUACUACAUACCUCUUCUGAAGUGAAAGCAGUUAUUCCAUCCACCUUUAUUGACCAAAUCACAUUAUACUUACAUCAUCCAGACUGUUACAGAUAAAUGGGCCAUUAAUUCAAUGUCUGUUUCUUUUAAAAUAAUAAAACCGUGUGUUCUCUCAUA